GUAUACAUCUACAUCACGCCUGGGCCCUGGCUUUCAGUUUCCUUGGUGUGACGAGCGGUUGGCCUCGGUUUUUGGGAUUGGUGAGCAAACGAUGCGAACUGCCCCUUUUGUUCCUAUGCCACGCAAGAGGCCUGGUGAGCAGGAUAAAGGAACGGAGCUGGUACUCCGGGAUGAGUCCAAAGUCAGAAAGACUUCGUCAUGGAUGCGCCAAACGGAGUCCAAGCAGUGGGAGGUUGUCUUGGAUGAAGAUCGAAAAAGGUCGCUCGAUGCAUGGGUGCUCCUUGUGCUUGACAACCCCGGUGCAUCAGUUGCGGGCACGUUGAUCCAACAGGAAGAUCAGGAUGGUCAGCUGAGCGUCUUAGCGGAUAUUUUCAGGGCCAAGGCAACGGCCACCUUGCGGGCAAGAGCUUCAGCUUUGCUUGCUUACAUGCGGUGGGGCAGGGCGGAGCAUGGACGGACUUUUACACUUUUUCCAGUCAAGGAAGUGGUUGUGUACGAGUAUCUGUGCUUUUUGCGGGACACCAGGUCCCCACCUACAAAGGCGGAGCGCUUUGUGCAAGCUCUAGCUUUCUGCAAGGGGACACUGCAGGCGGAUGUGGACAAUGUGCUCGCGUCUAGCCGGAUCAAAGGUGCUACCAUUCCAAUCCAGGGGCACCGGGUGGUUCGGAAGAAACGGCCUCUGACCGUGGCUCAAGUUGCGGAUCUAGAGAGGAGGGCGUCCACUGACGAGUCUGCGACGGGAGUAUUCUGCGGAUACUUGUGUUUUCUGGUGCACGGCAGGCUGAGAUGGGGCCCUGAUGGGGCUGGGUCGCUCGAAGCUGGCUUGUAUUACCACAAGACGGCGAACAGGCAGAAAUCUGUGAUACGUCGGUUAUUGCCAGCAGCUUGCUCUUUGCCGGGUGUCUCGGGGCUCCCCUGGGCGCAGACAUGGCUCCAGAAUAGAGCUAAGCAUGGCCUCAGGGCUAAGAAGGGGUGCCCCAUGAUGCCUGCCCCUCUUGCAAGCGGUAAAUGGGAUUCAAUUCCGUUGGGAACAGCCGAAGCCAUAGUGUGGAUGAAAGAGGUUCUCCAGGAUGCCCAGGGCGACGUCGGCACUCACUCCUGCAAGGCCACGGCCCUCAGCUGGAUGGCGAAGGCAAACGUGGACAGGCACAUUCGCCGGCUUGGGGGUUACCAUGUUGCUCCGGGUGACCGAUCCAUGACUGAGUAUUCCAGGGAUGCCCAGAGCCCCGUGCUGCACGCCUUGAGCGGCCUCUACCUGGCUAUUCGGGGUGGAUUGUUCUCGCCGGACGCCAGCCGCUCAGGCCGCUGGAAUGGGUACCACAACUUGGAGGAUGCGGUCAAGGUGUUGGCAGCCGCCCCCUCACUUCCGGUGGACGGUGAGCCAACCGGUGAAGGCGAUUCGUCAGGGGAUUCGUCUGGUAAGUCAACCAGCUCUUCUUCGUCAGAAGGUGAGGAAGUAGAUGAUGAGGUCGUGAGGGCGGACCAAGCUAUGGCGGUUUUAGCAGCGCCUGCCCAGCUGGAACAGGAAGACAUGGCCUUCUACUUGUUGAAUGUCAAGUCUCAGGUGGCCCAUAUUCCUCGGCCAGGCACGUAUGGCGACGAGGAUGGAGAGAUGGAAGUCUCGAAAUGUGGGCUUAUUGCUUCGGCAGGUUUUCGGAAGGUUGAUUUGUUUCCGGAGCAGAUUAUGAGGUGCCGGGCAGUGGGCUUGACAGCAGAGGCAGUCACCAAGCUGGCAGAAAAGGGUUGGAACACCUAUGCCACUUUUGCGUUCUGUGUCCCGAGCUUGCCGGGAAGUUCGGAGGCCGCAGAGACGCUGUUUGUCACAAGGGUGAUUGAGCCAGUCCUGGGAGACCCGGACCACGCAGACGGACCGAAGCUCCGAAGGCUCGCUUUUGAGAGUUUCACUAUGAAUGCUGCAGACCUCAAGCGGAGGGUCGAGUCCAACGAGGGUGAUGCUCCAAAGAAGCUGCCGGCCCUUGAGAUAGCUCAUAGGUUGGAUGCCAUUCGGGAUAAGGUGAAGCCGCUCCUGAUUGAGAGGCAGCUUGAGCCGUCACACGCGCUCCUGAAUGCAGUGAAUCAGAGCGUUGAGGAGAUCCAAGGGCUCACGGAGGCAAACCAGUUCAAGUCGUGGAAGCCGGACAAGAACGGUGUCAUCCAUGAGGUUUCACAGGAGCCAGCUUUGAAAGCAGAGCUGGCGACGGAGUUGGAUCUCCAGAAUGCUCUGCGAAGGCGCGGAAUAGCCUAUGAGGCGGCAGCCGCCAUGUCCUUCGUGUCUCACGAAAAACUGGUUGCCCGUUUGUUUGAGGAGUUGCAGAGGCCGGCCCAAGAUGGGUUCUCGAAGGUGACAAUGACCCAGCUUUGCCUUGCAGACCGAGAGUUUCAUGAGAAGUUGGCGGAUAAGACCCGAGCGGGCCUCGCGCCGGGGCCGCUAGGGGAACUGCCGCUGGAUCAGUUCGUUGACGAAGUGCUGCGAUUGCCAUCUUUUCAAUGGGUGCUCAUGCAGAGACCGGCUCAGAAGGCGAGCUCGACACUUUCCAAAGGCAAGCCGCCUGCUCAGCAGAAGCCAGUAGCGGCGCCACCGAAGCAGGUGGUCAAGCCACAGAAACGCAGAGGUGCGUCCAAGGGCAAGUCCGGCAGCAAGGGCAGCCGUUUCCCUAUGCCAGAGAAGCUUCGCGGGGGUACCCCCACGGACGAAAGCGGAAAUUCCAUUUGUUUCGCGUUCAACCUUGGGCAGUGUGUGGACGAGAACUGUCCGAGAAAGCAUGUGUGCUGCUACCCCGGAUGCUUCAGCAAGGCGCACGGUUUCUUGCAGCACAGCUGA